AUGGCAAGUGACUUCCAGUCAACCGUAUGCAUUUCAGGCGCAGUAUUGAUGUUGUUAUUUUCUCUUAUGGCAGUGGUACUGAAUAGUUGUCUUCUGAUUGUGUUGUACAAAGACCGAACUAAAUCACUGAAGUCAACAACUUCACUUUAUGUCACAAGCCUGGCUAUUCUGCAUCUGCUGUUUGGAAGCGUAGUCAGUACAGCGGCAGCAGAAAGCUACAUAACAUGCGCACAAGAUAUCGAAGAUACCGCUCACUCUAUGAGCGCUUUUUCAAGAAUAUCCUUCUCAUUGUUGAUCCGCACAGAAAACUAUGUUAUGCUCGCAUUUUCGGUGGAGAGACUGGGAAAUAUUUCUUAUCCAGUUUUCCAUCCUCGUGCAGAUAAAAUGAAAAAUACUCUGAUAGGUUUGGCAAGCAUUUUCGUCUACUCUGUGGGUUUUUCAAUUUUCGAGAUAGCUGCCGCUCAGCGGUGGAUACGAAAGUUAGAUUUACAUUUCAACGUGGUUAUUCCACUCGCCGCUACGAUUACAUUAACAGCACUGCUUUACAAAGCGUUGAGGAGAUUUAAUGGCCUAUAUGCGGAACAAGACCCCUGUGAUAGUUCCUCUGGAAAAAAAUCAAGAUGCAGAACAAGACUCAAAAAACAAAUACUCCUGUCGAGCGCGUUUAUAUUUGUGGUACUCCUUUUUGCCAUUUCUUUGUUGCCAUAUUGGAAUUUACUAUUGUACGAGGUUUACUGCUCAAAUUGUGCACAACAUGAUUGGUUUUUUGCAGCCUUUCGGUUGUGCGUCGCAUUCACCUUCCUUCGUACUGCACUGACGCCUUCCAUCUAUUACAUUCGUAUUCUUGAGUUUCGAAAAGGAGUCAAAAUGGUGUUUUGUGGAAUGUUCGAAGAGCAAUCAUUUAGGGUAAAACUUUUUAGUCGUGGUAAAAAUUCGUCUGGGAAAGUAACGGUGAUAUAUCUCUAA